AUUUUGAAUGGAGCUUCCCGCGUCGGUCACUGGAGGACUUGGUCUGCUCGGCAACAAGGCGCACUUUGCAACACCAGCAGCAGGCGUUGCGCUAACGAAGGCUGCUGUUUCCGUCCUGCUCAAAGUCACGACCGAGGCCGAGGCAGUCGAUGGCGAAGCGGCGCUCAAGGGCGUCGACCGAGCAACGCUCAAACAAGCGUACGCUGCACUCGUGAGUCUGCUCCUCGAAGCCGCCAAGCACAACAAGACCGAGGCCGACGUCAAAGCCGCAUUGGAGGAUGCCAAAGUAUCGGAAGAUCGCGCUGGGCCGAUUGCUGCAGUGUACGCGGCAGAGAUUGUCGAGCUGCGGACAGUGCUGAGCAGCACCGGGUUUGGCUUUCCCCACGUCGUCGAUGCAGAUUGGCGUCUGGACUAUUACAUGAAGGACAAUCAACUCGAGAAGGUCAACCAACCCGUGUACUUGAUCCGUCUCAAGACCGAGCAGAACGGCGGCAAAGGACCAGACGUGCAGUUUUCCGCGUCGUUGGAAGAGUUGCAAGAUUUGGUCAACACAUUGAAGGAUGCUUCGCGAAAUUUGAAGCCCGUUUCCAUCUAAGAGUUCCAUGCACACUCUUUAUCUCACUCUAUUCCUGCUUAUAUCUCGGUGUUGUCUCGUCUGGUGUACUCUGUGUCUUGGAAGAAAAAACAAAAACGAUUUCUUGUU